CGCGGAUUUCGGCGGUGGGGUUGUGUAGGUUUCGUGAUCGGCUUUCGCUUGCGCCGUCAGCGCUGCUGGGGGUGGACUCGGCGCACCGCGCCUGCUGUUUGCAUAUCUUCGGUGCAGAGGGACCCUGUACUAAGUAGCUGCGACGUCGAGUUUCGCGUCGAGCGUGUAUAUCAGUUGACACACAGGAAUCUCCGCGCGCCGCAGCGGCAGAUCACAGCGAUCUUGUGUGAAUGCGUACGACGUCACCACCAGCAGUAGAGGCGGCGGAAACAGCGAACUGCAGAGGCGCUCACCACCUAAUUUAGGCUUAAAUUACUCGUAUCGCCUCGUUAUUUGACGGUGAACGUUCUUUAUUGUGUCGUUUGCCCCACGUCUCGUCGAACCAGCGCGAGUCCGUGACCCUGCCCAGACACAACCGACGGCAGGAAAAAUGCGCAGGAAAAGUGACCUCGUGAAUCACAGCGCGUUCCGCUGCUGUUUCUGCUGUCAUGUUCGCACUGGCACGGUGAUUCUGGGCAUCUGGCAUUUGAUUCUCCAUGUCCUCGCCUUGGCAAUUCUCGUCAGCAUGAUGCUGCGGCCGGAGCUGGUUGAAAAGCUGUACGGAAACAACGGAUCAGCGACACAGCUUUCGGGCAGCUUCAUCACCCGCUUUCGUCCCUCCGUCUACAACCACGAACUCUCAGACAUGGCCAGUGACCCCAAGCUGGCAAGCAUUCGGAACGAGGACCUUCACGUGGCUCUAGCCAUCACCGUCUGCACAGGAGUCGUGACCCUGUUGCUACUGUAUGGAACUAUAUGGGGUCAGCCCACGUACCUGAUGCCGUUCUUCUGCCUGCAAGUGUUCGACUUUGUGCUGUCGGCACUGACGGUGGUGGGCUACUUCUCGUACAUGCCGGAUGUGCGCCGCCUGGUGGCAUCGUCGCGAGAGCUGCCACUGCAAAAGGAACUGCUGCGUCUUGACCCCCAGUGGCUCUGCACCGUCGUCAUGGUCGGCUUCGUCGCCUGCAUGAUGAUCAAGGCCUACGUGAUGGGCAUUGUCUGGUCCUGCUACAAAUAUCUGCGGCUCAGGCAAGAAGCCAGCCUUCCUGAUGUUGAAUCCGAUUCUGAGGUGUUGCCGUACGGCCAGGCUCUGUUGCCACCCGACUACGAGACAGCGACCAAGAUGCCCGCAUUUGUGCCCGUCUACGCACCUCCGCCGUACCCAAGCCACAGCACCUGAAUUUUGGGUGAUGCGGCAGACGGCGCGGGGAUGUAGGUCGCCGCCAGCCACCCGAAGCAGCUUCCAGCUGUUGAAUGGCGCUUGUGGUCUCUAAAACGGCCCGUUUCUGUGCAAAUCUUGACGUCCCGCGUUACAUUUUGAUGUAUUUUCUUCCUUGUUUGCCCGUCAUUUCAGGAAUGCACCCCCCCUCCCCCCUACGACAUAGUCCAAAUUGAGGAUUGCAUGUCACUGACAUGAAGAUGGUGAUGCCUUUUCUUUCAGUUCUUUGUUUUUCUCACAAUGGCAAAGGAAGUCACAACAAGCCACUUCUGUGCCGGCUGUAUCCAGGGUUCACAGAGUGCUGUGCUUUGUGACAACACUUUGGCACAUGGCAAAAAAAAAGGAAAAUGAAAUUUGACAAUGUUGUGAAGAUGUGAGGAUUAUGGAUUGCUGUAAAAAUGCGCAGCUCAGCUUGUAGGUGAGGUAUGUUUCACUCGUUCUGGUACUUGCAGAACAAGCUUCAGAAUUUGCCUAUUAUGCGAGCUAGUUGCUAAACAAAACACUAAAAGCUCAAUGCCGGAGUAUCGCCACAAUGCGGGCAGACGUUAUACGUUAGUUUCGGCAUUUGCUUCUUUGCAGACUUUCUCAAUUGUCAUCCUUCAAUUAGGGAAACUGCAACCCAGUAUGUCAACUGACGUUAAUGAAUGUGACUAUGCGUGUUAGUGUCACUUGUUAUGAAAAAAAAUUACAACCUCAGCUUUUAGUGUGCGGCCCACGUAUUAUAUGCUGAAGGCAGCGAUGCGUCUGCAGCGCUCCAAGUGAUCCCUCAUUCCAGCGACUAUGGAGCUAAAUGGCACACGUGUGUCGCUUGUUUCUCAAUGAAUAUAUGUGCUUUGUCAAAAAUGUACAGGCCGCAUUAUAAACAGCCAGGGUCAACUGCUCUGCAUCCAUCGAGGAGAAUUCACCAGCUUCCAAGCUUGAAAUCCCAUGGCGAUGCAAGAUCAUCGGGCCUAGUAACCGCCGUUAGCUUAGCGUGCAACACCCCACAUUCUUUCGGGAGAGGCUGAAUGGAAGUUUUUCCAAGCCGAUUCUUCGUCAUUUUUCUAUCUCAGCCUACUCGUUCCUCUUGCAUGCUUUACAACCUCGUGCGUUCCGUUAUGACGGUGGUCUGCAAAAGAAAACACCGUUCUUUUAUGCUGUCUACUUGUCUGUGGGAACACCCUCGUCCUAGUCACAUGUUUUGUUUUUUGUGCUCACACAAGCACCGAGAGUGUGUUUUUCAUCGCGUCGUAUAAUUUUUGCGGCCAGUUCUGUGGAAUCCGAGGCUGGCGUUGCUCUUGGCACUUGUGUGACGGGCACUCGAUAACGCUGCUGAAAAGUCUUUUAUUUGGUGCCUGUCCAGUCGUAGUGAUGAGCGUCAGCAGCAAACCUGACACGUUGUGGGAAAAGGGAGAUGACUUUAGGAGAUUUAGGGUUAUACAUUUGCGUUGUACAUAGGUGGCAGCCGACACGGCGUGCAUGUUGUCUGUUGCGAGUGCAGUGUUCUAGAGUUUGCCUGCUUGUUUCGGAUUAUCGUGGGUGCUACUCGAUUUAGUGCAGUCUUCUUUUACGUCGUUCCUUGUUUUGUGGCUAAGUUGCACAGAUUUCUAGUAGUAUUCCCACUUCCCCUCCGUGUGUGUAAUGAAAAAAAAAAAAACUUGUUUUCUUGCCAGGGAGGGAAAAGUAUCUUUGCAAUGUAGCGUGCAAUCAAAUAAAACUUGAAAAAUGGA